GCUGCUUCUGGGACAACGGACACCUGUACCGGGAAGACCAGCCCUCGCCCGCGCCGGGCCUUCGCUGCCUCAACUGGCUGGACGCGCAGGGCGGCCCGGCGUCUCCCUUGGAGCCGGGCGUCGGCAACCACAACUACUGCCGUAAUCCGGACCGCGACCCGCGCGGGCCCUGGUGCUACGUGAGCGGCGAUGCCGGCAGCCCUGAGAAGGUGCCUUGUCAGGACGCGCGCUGCCCAGGUACGAGUCCCGGACCGAGGGACCCCCGCGGCCCCGGCCUGACUGGAAACGGCGCCGACACCCUCCGCGCACGUGCGGCCGCCCGUAGUGGGCCGGCCUCGCCCCGCCCCCGCCGCGUCUGAUUCGUCAGUGCUGUCUCCAGGCUGCGGGGUCCAAAGCCCAUUGGCCGCGCCCGUCGCUCGGAGUGAGCUCAUUCUCCUCCAGUGCUUGUAAACAAUCUCCGGAGGCUGGCUGGGUCCGCGAGGAGUGGCCGUUGGCGCACGCGCGGCAGCGUUUGUGAGCCGUUUGCGGCACGUCUAGUGUGAGCUCGACUCGCUGCAUAACCUCUGGGAAGAGGCUGCUUGAGGGACCUGAGACGCAGAGAAGUUGCGCAGUUUUACCAAAGGCAAAGGCAGGGUCCAGAUUUGAACCCUGGGAUUUGUUAGACUCCAGAAAGCAACGUUGUUGUUGCGCCCCCAGCAAGACUGCUCUCUAGAGUGAGAUGAGAUAGUCAAGGGUUAACACAGGGAUUUGUACAUAGCGUGCAAAUAGAUGUGAGCUGCUCGAAUGAAUCAUGGAGUUUUGACUGGCGUGGAGGUGAGGGGACCGCUGGAGAAGAGGGCAGUCGAGAUGGGUCUUGCACUAUAGCAAGCGUUUGAAGAGGCUGUUCCCCUCCCGUUUGCCCUGCAUCGCAUCCUGGCCAGGGGCUUGCCUUAGGGCAGGGCUUGGCUUCAGUGCAGGGACCUUCUAGACCCCCCAUUUUCACCUCCCCAAACACCUGGCCUGGAGCCGGGGAUAU